CCUCCUCCUCCAGCCGGUAACCAUGGCGGGCCUGGAGCUUCUCUAUCACUCGGUGGCCCGGGAUGUGGUCUCUCCCCAGGACGCCUUGAUCUGCUUUAUCCACUGGGAGCUGGUCAGGGCCGGAUUCAAGUGCCUGGGGACCGGGGACCAGGCCUCGACUGAUGAGAAGAAGAAAGAGCUAUUACCCACGGGCUGGAAUGUCAAUCAGGAGCUGUACACUUUGCGUUAUAGCUCGGCUAAUAAUCAGAAAGUACUUCUGUUAAAGGCAAUCACUGUUGAUUCCAGCCUGAUCGUUAACGUUAUGAAUUGCCAGUCUGAACAGGUUGUAGAUUUGACAGUGAAUUUAGAUGACUAUAUCAGCUCAGAUCACCUACAGCAAUAUGACAGAGUCUUCAAGAAGGAAGAGGAGUUGCGGAGUCAUAUUGAAUCAACAAUAGUUUCUCCUUUAGUUGGCACGAAACAGAGGGCUGGAGGGGGACCACAGAAAGGAAAGAAACCAGUUCAUUCUGUUCCAGGUGCUCAGCCACACACAGACACCAACCCACUCUUCAUUCCACCCAAUACACCGCAGAGGCAGCCCCCCUGGUCUGACCCUAUGGCACCGUUUGUAUCAGGAGGAGAUGAUCUCGACCCAUUUAGUGAUCGAAGAGGUGGAAUGAUUGUGGAUCCUUUAAGGUCAGGAGUACCGAAUUCUGGCUUUGAUCCUUCAUCGGGGAUACCAGGUCGGCUUCCUCCUGGGUCAGUCCCCCCUGGAGCCAGAUUUGACCCAUUUGGACCAGUUGGACCCAGUCGUUCUGGCCCCGAUCCAGACCAUCUUCCUCCUCCUGGAUACGAUGAUUUGUUCAUGUGAUUUUUUUUUCCCUUCCCUUCGGCUCCCUGCUCCCUUAAAACAAGUUUAGCUAUUAAAGAAAAAGCCCCAGAUAUAGAUCACAACUUGAGGAAUCCUGUGGGCUUCGCUUCUUUCGGUUAAAUGAAUAUUUUAUGAACUGUGUAACUUAGCCGCUUGCUCUGAUGUGUUCCUAACUGAAGAUCAGCAGCUUCAGCUGAACCAGUCUGCCUUUAGCAGUGGGGCGUAGUUGAUGAACCAAACAAGUGAAACUCUUAAGAGCAGACCAAGUGCUUUAUUGUCAUGUAUCUGAUACAUGCUUCCAGUGAGGACUUAUAACCAUUCUCUUGCACAUUGUCACGGAGCUGUCACCAUGCGAUAGGCAGGUGACGUUGCAUGAGAGGGUUUGAGUUAAGUGAUCUUGUUAAUAAACUGAUAUGUAAAUGAAAAA